AUGCCAACAUUCAACAUCGUCGUCUUUGCGGGCGACUACGCCGGACCAGAGGUCACGCAGGAAGCUGUCAAGGUUCUCAAGGUGGUGGAGAAGUAUUCGAAAGAUGUCCAGUUCAACUUCCAGGACCAUUUGCUAGGAGGGUGCUCCAUCGAUGCGCAUGGUACCCCGCUCACAGACGAAGCCCUGGCGGCGGCCAAAGCAGCAGAUGCAGUUCUGCUAGGAGCCAUUGGCGGGCCCAAGUACGGGGUGGGCAAGGUGCGGCCUGAGCAAGGGCUGCUGAAGCUCCGCAAGGAGAUGGGCACGUUCGGCAACCUACGACCGUGUUUCUUCGCGUCGCCGGCACUGGCGGCGCGGUCGCCACUCAAGGAGGAAGUGUGCCAAGGCACGGACUUCAUGAUCGUACGCGAGCUGACGGGCGGCAUCUACUUUGGCGAGCGGGUCGAGGGCAACCCGGCGGACGGGGAGAACGAGUGGGCGGAGGACCGCGAGCCGUAUUCGCGCAAGGAGAUCGAGCGCAUCACGCGGCUGGCGGCGCACCUGGCGCUGGCCAAGAACCCACCGUCGAAAGUCUGGAGUCUGGACAAGGCCAACGUGCUGGCGACGAGCCGGCUGUGGCGCCGCGUCUUCACCGAGACGAUGCAGAACGAGUUCCCGCAGCUGCAGUUCGAGCACCAGCUGAUCGACUCGGCCGCCAUGAUCAUGGUCAAGAACCCGCGCGCCCUCAACGGCGUCAUCGUCACCUCCAACCUGUUCGGCGACAUCAUCUCCGACGAAGCCUCCGUCAUCCCCGGCAGUCUCGGCCUCCUGCCCAGCGCCAGUCUCACCGGCGUGCCCGACGGCAACGGCCCCUGCAGCGGCAUCUACGAACCCAUCCACGGCUCCGCCCCGGACAUUGCCGGCCAGGGCGUCAUCAACCCCGUCGCCGCCAUCCUGAGCGUCGCCAUGCUCCUGCUCUACAGCCUGAACCUGCCCCGGGAGAGUGGCCUGGUCGAGCAGGCCGUGAGGAUCGUCAUUGACAAGGGAAUCACCACAAAGGACAUUGGCGGCUCCAGCUCCACCGUCGAAGUGGGUGAUGCAGUGGCCAAGGAGCUGGAGACGCUCUUCAGUCAAUAG